GAGAAGUCUUGAGAGCUACGUUGCAACUAAGCCACAACCACCGUCUUCAACGGUUGGAGAGAGAGAGAGAGAAAGAGCGCCAUCGGACGGUUUCUCCAACAUUUUGCCUCUUCUUUAAGCAAAAGCCAACGUCUACUCUUACCAGUUGCUUCAGAUCUGUCCUUGCUCCGCCAUUGUUAAGUUUCGCUUCAUAUUUUUAUAUAUGACUACAACAUUCUAGAGAAAUACUAAGCUUCGUACUGGAAAUCCAGUUCUGACAUUUAUUCCCCUGUAAAAUGGUGGUUUCGGGGCCAUUAACACCUGGACAGGUGUCCUUUUUGCUUGGCUGUAUCCCAACUGUUGUUGCAUGGAUAUAUUCUGAAUUUUUAGAGUACAAGAGAUCUGCGUCACCAUCAAAAGUUCAUUCAGACAAUAAUCUGGUUGAACUGGAACAUGAGGCUAUCAAAGAAGAUGAUCGGACUGUUUUACUGGAAGGAGGGCUUACAAAAUCAUCGUCAAUGAAGUCAUAUAGCUCUUCUAUAAGGAGUAACUUGUUUAGGUUCUUAACCAUGGAAGAUUAUUUUCUACUAGAGAAUCGAGCAACUCUGAGAGCAAUGUCUGAGUUCACAGCAAUUCUGGUGUACUUCUACAUCUGUGACCGGACAGAUACAGUGCCUCAGUCUACAAAGAACUACAAUAGGGACCUUUUCCUUUUUCUGUACCUUCUCCUUAUUGUAGUCUCUGCAAUGACAUCUCUGAAGAAGCAUCAUGACAAGUCUCCAUUUUCUGGAAGAGCCAUACUUUAUCUCAACCGGCAUCAAACAGAAGAGUGGAAAGGGUGGAUGCAGGUCCUGUUUUUAAUGUAUCAUUAUUUUGCUGCUGCCGAGAUAUACAAUGCAAUUCGCAUUUUUAUUGCUGCAUAUGUCUGGAUGACUGGAUUUGGAAACUUUUCCUACUAUUAUAUACGCAAGGACUUUAGCAUUGCUAGAUUUUCUCAGAUGAUGUGGCGGCUUAACUUUUUCGUAGCUUUUUGUUGUAUUGUUCUCAACAAUGAUUAUAUGCUUUAUUAUAUUUGUCCCAUGCAUACCCUUUUCACUAUUAUGGUGUAUGGAGCUCUUGGCAUUUUCAACAAGUAUAAUGAGAUCAAAUCUGUCAUGGCUAUAAAGAUACUCACAUGCUUUCUCGUGGUUAUUGCAAUAUGGGAAGUACCUGGAGUCUUUGACAUCUUAUGGAGCCCUUUUACAUUCUUUCUGGGGUACACAGAUCCUGCAAAACCAGACCUUCCUCGUUUGCAUGAAUGGCAUUUUAGAUCUGGGCUAGAUCGCUACAUAUGGAUAAUUGGAAUGAUAUAUGCUUAUUUUCACCCAAAUGUUGAGAAAUGGAUGGAUAAACUAGAGGAAUCAGAAACCAAAAGGAGGCGCACAAUCAAGACAACCAUUGUGGGAACGUCUUUAUUAGUUGGAUACUUGUGGUUUGAGUACAUCUACAAACUGGAUAAGGUGUCUUAUAAUAAAUACCAUCCUUACACAUCAUGGAUUCCAAUAAGUGUUUACAUUUGCUUACGGAAUUUCACUCAGCAGCUUCGAAAUAUUUCCUUAACUCUGUUUGCGUGGUUGGGCAAGGUUACUUUGGAGACUUAUAUUUCCCAGUUCCAUAUCUGGCUGAGAUCUGGCGUGCCUAAUGGACAGCCAAAGUGGCUUCUUUCAAUAAUUCCAGAAUAUCCUUUACUCAAUUUCACGCUCACAACUGCCAUUUAUAUCCUGCUAUCUCAUCGGCUCUUUGAGCUAACCAACACUCUCAAGGCAGUUUUUGUACCAACAAGAGACAACAAGCGUCUGUUUCAUAAUUUUAUUGCUGGGAUUGCAGUGUCGUUGUCCCUGUAUUGCAUCUCCCUUAUUCUUCUUCAGAUUCACCGUUGAAAAAAAUUAGUUACCACCACCAAAGAGUGUUUUGGCAAAGAAAAGAUUUACCCAUUUCGGUACAAGCCUGGUUUGGAUAGGAGUAAAUAACGCAAAUGUGAAAAGAAUAGAAUGCAAGUGUAGACACUCUUCAGGGAAAUUGGCAAUGAGUUGCUUCGUCUCGACACCAAAUGUAUGCUGUUCCGCCCCGACAUUCACUAUUAAAGCUGGUUGAGAGGAGCUAGCUUUUUUUUUCUUUUUUUCUUUUUUUCUUUUUGUAUUAAAUUUGUUUCAUUUUAUCCAUCCCACUUUUAUGUGAAUCUUCUUUACCAAUGAGAGUAUAUGAUGUAGAAUACUGGUAUGCAGCCACCAUACAGAUACAGUGUCGAAAAACUAGUCAAUUAUAUUUGUUCGAUAUUAUUGAAAUUAAAACAUAAAUACUGAA